AUGAACGCCGCACGGUCACACGCUGGACAGCAAACAAAGAUGCGCCCCGACGUGUCACAGCCUGAAACAGCCAAGCCUAUAGUCGCCCAGCUAGAUCUCUUUACUCUUCACACAAAUGCUCUCCACAUGACCCAUGAUGUGGCACGGCUGAUCGCGGGCAGCCGCGACAACAACGACUUCCUGGCUUCCUUACUCAAUGGGGAAAAUUCCUCCCUCAUCCCAGCGUUGCUCGGCUCCCUGCUGCGUGAGGACGAGGCCGGGGCCGCCGCAGCGGGGGAAGCCCUGACGGCGUUGGUGGCGCCCCCUCUACACGGCGACGCCAGUAUUGCCAGAGCCAAGCAGCUGGCCGUAUCCCUGGCCAGCCAGCUGAUGGGACCCCACCAGGAGGCGCUGUUCGCUUGUCUUUCCUCGCGGCUCGCCAAUACGAAGACGGCGGGAAGCGUGCUGAGACUUCUGCAGUGCUGCUGUGAGGGGGAGCCACGUGCCUUCAGCGUGCUACUGCAGCGGCCAAUGAUCUACCGCCAGCUGUACAACUGUCUCCUGAGUGAGGAAAGCAACGAUGCGAUUCUCCUCUUCGUCUCUCUCCUAGAUGGAGAGGCGGGGAGUCUUCCUGACGGAGAGAUGGGAGCAGAGCUGCUGGAAGAAGCUGAAGCCAUUCUGCAUCGUGGUGAUGAUGCGGCUGAUCGCGGCACAGGAGGAGGAGGGGAGGGAUGCUCAGCAUCCCUCAUCUUUUCUGCUGCCUGCUUGCUGAGUGAACUGUACAGAUUAGGUGUUCGCAGUGAGCUGGGGUUGCAGGAGGUGGCCGUGAGCCUUACCAAGGCAUUCCCAUCAUUCACGAGCGUGGUGGCAGAGUUCAGGCUCUCUAGCAUGCGUUGGUUGCCAUGCGGACGUGGCAUACUGGAUGGAGUCAUCAUGACACUACAGCACAUCGUUGCUCAGGAGCGGUGCGGUGGUGGAAGCAAGCUUCUGGCUUCACAGCUGUGGGAGUUGCUAUGGCGAUGCAUCAGCUCAACGAUAUGUCACGCCGACCGCAUCGACACCUGGCUCGCCGUGUCACCACGCCCCCUGGUGGCGCUGCUGCGGCUCACCACUGCCACCUACACCGCGGCGCCGUUCGCGCUGUCGCUCGCAAUGGGAAGGAUAGAUGGCGCUGUGAUGGUGGCGAUCGCGACGAUGGUGACGGAGGAGUUUUUGGAAAGCUUUGAUUUGAGGUGCGCUGAAGUCGAGUGUGGGGACCUGACGUGUGAGUUGAUAGAUGGCGCCACUCGCCUUCUCUGCUUCCCCUUUGGCGUCGACACAAAUGACUCAACGCUCACGAGUCUCUGCGUCUGCUACCAGUAUCACAAUGUGUGCGGAAAACUAUUGAACAUCUGCAGCAAACAUGCGACCAACGUCGGCUUGAUAUUCAAACUCAUCUGCCGCCUGGUGGCAGAAGACGGCGAAUUUGCUAAUCAGUUUGCUUCAGCCAUGAACAACAGCAAGACAAAGGAGUUGGUGCGUCGGUUGGUGGGGGAGCCACCGUCCACGUCUGUUCUCUCAGACGUGCUGGGAGUUCUGAGUCAACUGGCCAGAGCGUCUCCCAUUCAUCUACCUCUCAUAGCUGAGGUGAUGUCAGCGGACAAUGCAGGUCGCUGGGUCGUGGUGCUGCGUCACCAUGACAACGAGGUCAGGGCCAGAGCGUGCAGUCUGCUAGGCAACAUGAUGAAACAUUGCGACCGUGUCUAUGCCAUGCUGAUCAACAGGUAUGUCUCAGUGAUGGUGACAGCCCCUGCAACCGAUCAACUGCACGUCCACGUGUCAACAAGCCCUGCAAGAUCAACGCAGUCGUUGUUCCGACACGCCCUUGUUGCCACGAUUCAACCGCAGUCGUACAACAUCGCCGCACGAUCAACGCAGGACAGAGAUGAGGUUGUCGUUAACUUCUUCCUCAUAGAGUGA